AGAGGGGGCGGGCUUAGCCUGGAGAGUUUGCGGGUCUUGGCACGGGUCCAGAAGGCACCAUUUCGUUGCCGGUGGGGAGGAGGAGUGCGGUCAGGCGACUGGCGGCCCUUUGGAUGAUGACCAGCCUGUUCCGCCGCAGCGCCAGCAGCAACGGCAGCCAUGGCAACGGCUCACGAGGGGGAGGCGCCUCUGGCGCCGCGUCCGAGCUCAACAACAGCAAACCGCCGCGACAAGUGCGCCGGCUGGAGUUUAACCAAGCCAUGGACGACUUCAAGACCAUGUUCCCCAGCAUGGACCACGAGGUGAUCGAGUGCGUCCUGCGGGCCAACAACGGCGCCGUGGACUCCACCAUCGAUCAGCUGCUGCAGAUGAGUCUGGACGGACAGGGCACGGAUGACAGUUCGGAUUCUGAUGACAGCAUCCCCCCAGAGAUCCUGGAGAGGACGUUAGAGCCGGACAGCUCAGAUGAGGAACCUCCUCCUGUGUACUCGCCGCCCUCCUACGACAUGCACAUCUACGACAGGAAACACCCAGCAGACCUGCCAUCCAUUCCACCACCCAGGUUUGAUGCCCAUCCCCCACCCGGGCAUCGGCAGGUCGGCGGCUACAGGAACUGGAACCCGCCGUUACUAGGCAACCUCCCCGAUGACUUCUUGCGGAUUCUGCCCCAGCAGCUGGACAGUCUGCAGCGUUCUCAGAGCAGCCUGUCACAGCCUUCCUCCUCUUCAUCCUCGCUGUCUUCCCUGACGCAGUACUCAGCGGCGUCGGGCAGUGGGGCAGCCCCCAGUGGGUCCGGUUGGGCGUCGGAGCAGGACAGGAAGCUGAAGCAGUACCUGGAGGAUGAGCGUAUCGCUCUGUUCCUGCAGAAUGAGGAGUUCAUGAGGGAGCUGCAGCGCAACAGAGAUUUCCUCAUCGCCCUGGAGAGAGAUCGUCAGAGGUAUGAGUCCCUGAAAUCCCAGGGCUAUCAUUCAUCCGCUUGCAUGGAGAGAUGCGCAGAAGGAGAUCAUUGUGCCUCAGGGUCUGAGGAGGCCUGCACCUCUGCCUCAGAUGAUGCCUUGUUCCGUGACAAACUCAAGCACAUGGGCAAAUCUACAAGGAAGAAGCUUUUUGAAAUUGCCAGAUCUUUCUCUGAAAAAACCCGACGGAGAAAGUCCAAAAAGAGGGCUCUGCUCAAGCAUCAUUCACUAGGAACUGCAGCCUCUACUGCCAAUCUUCUGGAGGACAUAGAGGGACUCCCAGCAGAGGAUGACGGUCAGCUCAGGAGACCAGGUGCUCAGGAAAAGGACCAACUGAACAAGGAAGUGGUGUCAUGAUUAGUGUUUUUUUGCUGCGCCCCUGCUGUUGUCUGUGAUGGUGGGACAGUCUCGGUCCUCCCCCUCAUCAUCUGGAUCGGCCGACAGCGAGUCUGCGUGGGCCUCGGAGUCAAGCGCGACAAAAAAAGUGCGGCGUCAGCUGGAGAGACUGCUCUCACCUUAGCAAGCCAGAAAGCCCGAAAAACUCAUCAGCUUAGAUCUUCUUCGUUUGCACUUUGUGAUAAUUAAGUUCACCCGAAUCACAAAUUCUUUGCAUAUAGACGGACGUUUCCGUCUUCAUGAUUCAAACAGCUCGGCGGUGAUUCGUUUAGUCUAGCGCUCGUGUGCGGCCAGAUUCAGGUUCAUUAUCAAGCCGAGUGCAGCGGGGUGAGGUCAUUUCAGAUGGGGCUAACGCACUGGUCAGUGUUUUUGUGCUGAGACUCAGGACCUACAAGCACAAACUCCUCCACAUUCACCACCGCAGGCGCUUUCGCCUCGACGGAUCUACGUCUAAACUCAGGAGCAUUCAAAUGACCAGUGGCUUCAUAUACAACAUCCAGUUCUUAUAACAUGUGUAUAUAUAUAUCGAUGCCGUCCUUCUCUUCUCACUUCAGUAUCUUCACCACUGCUGGUUUUGGUGAGGCUUGUACAGUUCUCAGUCUCCUCCUUACGACUAAGCAGUUCAGUAUAAAAGUGUUUUUUGAGGUCUGUAACGUCGAUUGCAAGACUAGGCGAGCUGAAAGGGGUCCCUCCGGUCCUUGCAGAGUUAAUGAUUGUUAUUCAGUCGUCAUCGUCAUUCCGUCACACUUACUAUUGCUUCUUCGUACAGAUCAUCUACUUUGAUCCAUACUGCUCUUUCUUACUUAAAUUAUAUUGAAUUAAAUUAAUUGAAAACCAAUUUAAUUAAAUGAU